AGCUCGAUAACCAUCUGAUCUUUGUGACUUACGCAUAACAGCAGUAAGUCCGACGAUGUCGACGACAGACAAGCUUAGCGCCCGCUGUUAGGGCCACCGUGCCACCAACGAACUGUUAUGCGGCACAACGGCUGCCACCUGGUCAUCUGUAGAAUGCCACCCGGCGGUUCCGAGUCGUCCGCGUCCAUCCGGGAUGUGCAUCUUGGCUUGAACUUUGAAAUGCGUCCUCCUGCCACGCAGCUGGGGCGAAGUCCGGGGACGGAUAGUCGGCAUCGCUCAAGAACCUGGAUACCCUGGACUGACGAACAGCCAACCGCCACAACAGAUGUUUGGGCAGAUGUCGACGACGAGGCCACCCAUUCUUCACACCGGGAUCCUAUCAAGAAGCCCUCAGCACGUAUAUAUACAAGCAAGCAAGCGGGGGACUUUCCCCACCCCGCCGAGCGGCCACUUACCUUUUGUUUCUGGUGUAGAGCACCUUCAGUAUAUACAGCCCUUCCUUCGCAUUCGUUUCGACUCACAUACAUAUUCGACGCCGUCAUGUUGUUCAAGUCAUUGUUAUUCGCCAUUGUCGCCUGCACGUUUGCGGGCUCAGACCUGACGGUCGCCGCUCCAAUACCCACACCUCACGCGCUCGGAACUGCUUUUGCCGGACAACGCAGGAGCAUUCCGAGCCUUCAUAAGACGACGGGCAACCCGUUUUCCGGACUGGGAUUCGGAACAUUUGGAAUUACAAUCAGCGAUUCUGAUGGGGGCCCACGCAAAAACUCGACUACCAUUGACCCGCAGUUUGGCGUGGCGGGUGAUGGAUUGGUUCAGUUACAGCCACCGCAGGAUGUCAUGGUUCCCAAGAGUAACCGGAUUAGUACGCUAGCCCAGUCGUCCUAGACUAUCGAGAGCAUAGAACAUCGUCGAACUUUGGGAUGUCCGUCUUCCAGAUGCAAUUCGAUCAGUACGGCAAUGAGGCAGUAGAACGAACAUACGGGACGACGCAUUAUCCAUGGCACUAUUCGCUCGGUAUAAUCGACGUAUCACAGGCUUGUCGCAGAGACUGCAGGGCAAUGCGCGAUAUUGCCCCAAUUCGGACGCUGACCUCCAUGAUCGCAGCAUGGAUGACGGAGCUGUCAAAUGUACACAGCUCAAUCUGUGCGUGCCUCCUACCAAUGUAUCCCACCAGGGUUGAAGAUGUCAGCUUGAUGUGCGCAUACGGUCCGCGGGCCUGCUUCUAUGUAUCACGAUGUUCAGCCAUUCGCU